AUGGCUGGAGCAGAGCAAAGCCAAAGAUGGAGCCUACGAGCCAAGACCGCUCUCGUAACCGGUGGAACCAAAGGCAUCGGGCAUGCAACAGUAGAGGAACUUGCUGGAUUUGGAGCAAUAAUACAUACCUGCGCUAGAGACGAAUCUCAACUUAACGAGUGUUUAAGCAAAUGGCAAAAGAAGGGUUUUCAAGUCACUGGUUCAGUCUGUGAUGCAACUUCAAGAACAGACAGAGAGAAGUUAAUGCAAACUGUGUCUUCUCUGUUUGGUGGGAAGCUUGAUAUCCUCGUAAACAAUGUGGGAGCGAUUCGAUCAAAGACAACAAUGGAUACUACAGCAGAGGAUUUCUCUUUUCAUAUUUCUACCAACUUAGAAUCUGCUUUCCAUUUGAGUCAGCUUGGACAUCCUCUGCUCAAGGCUUCAGGAUGUGGGAACAUCGUGUUCAUGUCCUCUGUUUCUGGGGUUGUGUCACUUAGCAUCAGCUCCAUCUACUCAGCAACAAAAGGGGCGAUGAAUCAGCUAGCAAGGAAUUUGGCAUGCGAGUGGGCUAGUGACGGCAUUAGAUCAAAUGCGGUGGCUCCUGCAGUAAUUGCUACUCCUCUGGCUGAAGCUGUGUAUGAUGAGGAGUUCAAGAAGGCGGUGAUAUCUCGGAAGCCGUUGGGGCGUUUCGGGGAGCCUGAAGAGGUGGCGUCGCUUGUGGCUUUUCUAUGUAUGCCUGCAGCUUCUUACAUAACUGGUCAGACCAUUUGUGUUGAUGGAGGUCUCUCUGUCAAUGGUUUCUCGUAUCAGCCACAAGGUUGA